AUGAUUGCAUGCGGGAGGGAGGAUGGAAGUGUUCAGCGAUGGAACACUGAAGGAGAGAUGAUGGAAGACGUUUGGACAGGUCAUAGCAAUGGGGUGUGGUCGCUCUCAUGGUGUCCCAGCAGAGGCCAUUUAGCCAGCGGGUCCAACAAUGGAAGAAUCCUCAUUCGAGAAGCAAAAACCGGAAAAGUCGAAGUGGGUCCGAUCAAGACGAAGCAAAAGGGGGUGCUUACACUUGCAUAUUCACCUUCAGGAGAUAGAAUUGCAUCAGGCGGGUAUGCUGCAUUUUGCAUCUGGGACCCGAAGACCGGCGAGCUUGUUGUCGGCCCCAUCGAAGACCUGGGAUAUUGGGUGUUGUCGUUGGUGUGGUCUUUGGACAGCAGCAAAAUCUAUUCUGCUUCUGACGAAUUCGCACGUGUUUUCGACAGCACCUCAGGCGAACUACUCCAUCGCUUCGAGCAUGGCAGAUUCUUGUAUUCCAUCACACUUUCACCCAACAACAAUGUCCUUGCAUGCGUGGGCAUUGGUAGUGUCACACAGUUAUGGGACACAGAGUCACAUCAACCACUCGGUCAACCAUUUCAGCAGGAGCGCCAAGACCUUUACUAUGUGUCGUUCUCUCGAGAUGGAACACACCUGGCAUAUGACAAUAUAGCUCCUGAGCUCGCAGCUCCCACACUUCAACAGGAUCACAGUCAAGGCACACAGCAGGACACUCGACCUGAACCCCUAUCAUCCGCUUGCCUUGACGCUGAUGCUACGGGGGGUGAUGGUAUCAUCGAGGACGCGCACGAUGAUCCAUACAACAACUUUUUUGAGUCUCCCGAACCAUCUCCUUUGGCAUCAUCUGGCCCCCGUCUCCACAACCUAUUCUCAGCUCACCACUUCCGGAACAUCAUCUCUCGACAUCGCCCUCCAGCAAACAAGUCCACUCCAGAACAGUGCAACAAGCGCAGUUUCUUUGCACGUCGUCUUCAUCAAAACCCGCCUGUGCAUCCCACGCCAAACCAACCGAUACCUGGAGGGAAGGUUCGAGCAGGAGAAGAUCCCGAGGAAAGCGACCAGUGUUCUGCGACUGCUAUGCUCGACGCGAGCAAAGCAAACAAAGACGAAGAUGACGAACCUCCCACUGAUGCGCACACCCCACCACCCGAUGAUCCUACUUCCCCCGCCGAGCUCGACAGCGAAGACAAUCGCAUUAGCUGGAAAUGGCUGACACUCGGUCGGUGGAAGAAUCCACCGUCUGCCACAAUGGCUCCAAUGAGGAGAUACAAACCCUCUCCCGAGGUUGUCGAUGUAUAUGCUGUCCGCGGGUUCCAGGUAACGUUCAGUCCAUCUUGUCUACAAUUCUCUACGAGCGGUGCUACUCCCGCCGCAGAAUACGUCAGUACCUCAUCACAAGCGGGUCCAUCGUCGCAAGUAGUCUUUGCCACUGCAACACACGCGAGUAGCUCUUCACAGGCGGGUCCAUCAUCGCAAGUUGUCUCUGUACAGGCAAUAUCGUCAUCGCAAGGUAUAACUGUACACGGAGCUCAACAUCCGCAAGACACUGCAGGUUCAUCAUCACACGCUUCCCCAUCACAUGUCGACUCGGACUCAAGCAUAGAAGGCAGCUGCAACAGAUUCCUCGACAGAAUAUGUUUCCCUUGCGGACACUACCACGAUGAUUAGGGCGGUGUUAACUGG